CAAAUAGAAAUCAGAUUUUUAGGAGUAUUAUGGAGAGAUUAGGUAUUGAAUCCAAAUGUUUACUAAGUCUUGAUGUACCAACUAGGUGGAACUCUACCUAUCUCAUGUUAAAUACUGCUGAAAAAUUUGAGAAAGUGUUCCUAAGAAUGGACUUUGAGGAUGAUAGCUAUUCUUCAUACUUUUUGAACAAGGAAAAUAGUGGUGGUUUGGGAUCUCCUUGUGGGGUUGAUUUUCAAAAUUGUAGGACAUUUGUGGGUUUCUUGAAACUUUUUUACAAUGCAACUAAAAAGUUCUCCGGUUCUUUGUAUGUGACUUCAAAUACCUUCUUUGAUGAGAUGUUUGUGAUUCAAGAAAAUAUUGCUCAUUUAAUUAAAUCUCAAAAUCAUCUCUUGAAAAACAUGGCAACUAAAAUGGAAGCUAAGUUUGAAAAGUACUGGGGGAAAGGGGAUAAAAUUAAUAAGCUUUUGUAUGUGGCUGUGGUGCUUGAUCCAAGGAAGAAAAUGAGGUUUUUGAAGUUUUCUUUUUUUGAAAUAUAUGGGAAUGAAGUGGCCAAUGAGAUGGUUGACUUGGUGGGGAAUUUUAUGGCUAGGUUGUAUGAUGAUUACUCUAGGGUUGAUUCACCAAAUGUGGUGCUACCAAGUGAGAAUGAGAGGACACACAUGGAAGGUGAUACAGUUGGUUGUAGUGAUUCGUAUGCAAUGGUUAAUUCACGAUAUGAGCGGUUUUUAGAGGUUGAGAAGUCUAUAGGGUGUAGCAAUGAGAUGGAAAAAUAUUUGGCUGAAAAUUGUGAGAGUAGAAGGGAUGGGAAAUUUGAGAUUUUGAGGUGGUGGAAAGCCAAUUCAGAUAGGUACCCAGUGCUGUCCAAAAUGGCUAGGGAUGUGCUGGCUGUACCUGUUUCUACGGUUGCUUCUGAAUCGGCUUUUAGUACCGGAGGGCGCAUACUUGAUCCAUUUCGAAGUUCACUCUCCCCUCUCAUGGUUCAAAAUCUUAUUUGUGCUCAAAACUGGCUGCAAGCCCAUGUCCCAAUUUCUUUUCGCAAGUCAAAGGACGAGAUGGAGGCCUUGGAGGAUGAAUUUCAUGAAUUGGUUUUAAAUCAAGCAACAACAGCAGCAAGUUCUAGUUCCUGUUCAAACAAAGGUGGUACUCGUACCACAGUCAAUAUUGAUGAAUGAUCACUG